UGUAACCAGGAGGUUCCUCCCAGUAAAAUCUCGAGAUAUCUCUGCGUCUCUGCCUAUGGGUUUAGUAGUAUAGUCGGAAACCAAAAUAAAAGAAGUGCAAUUUUUGUUCGAAUUCGGUAAACUCAAUAUUUCAAGAGCCACAAUGCACGUGAAUACGAUACGGUGGUCGUUAAUACAUCGCGUCACGAAGCAGUCCAUAAAGAGCCGCAGGUUUCCUACCCCUGGUUUACUAUAUGGUCCAUAGUUUGGAUUGCAUGGCCACAAUAACAAUCCUCUGGUUUUGUCUUUAAGUGUUUUUCUCGCGAAGGAGAUGUGGUGCGCAUCGGCUCGCUGCUGUUGAUGUUCUGAUAAAGCGGUUGAUGGUUCCGCUAGUGCCUUCGAGGAGGAGGAGCGUCAAAGCCAAGAAGAGGUGGUGCGAUUAUGUCUGGAACGAGGUGUCGUUCAUUCUGCUGGACGCCCGCGUUCAUCCAUUCUGUUGGGUGGCUCCACCGGUUAGGAUGCUUUCGCUUCACAGGAGACCUGUUGUGUAACGAGCGUGGGGACAGGGGGUGCCCCCCCCCCUCCCUGGUGGCCAAAGCUACGAGUUGGGGGCCCCCUUGACAAGCACCAUGAGAUUUUUUCAACAAAAGUGUCAAAGAGCAACAAAAUCAUUUAAAACGCGGUUUAAAUGCUGUUGUUUUUUUAUGAAAAUGCUUUUAUUUACGUUCCACGCCUUAUUUUAAUUCAAUUAGAGCAGUAAAGUUUGGCGACCAUGCGACACAAAUUCAAUAUUGGGGGACCCCACCUGACCGAUUGCCGGCACCCCCUGGGUUGAUCACGGCAUGACUCCGCCACUGCCUUCGAUACACAACUCUGACACCGUCGCCCGAGGCCAGACGGACGCCGUUCGUGACAAUGAACGCACGACACCACGUGCCGCUGGGGCCGCCACGGCAUCGUGAAUUCCGUUAACCUCUUACAGUCCCGUACAUUCACCUGCGAGUGACCUCCGCGCCAGAGUGUCGAAGAAGGUGGGUGUUUUUUUAUAGUGGGGGGGGGGGGUCACAGACCGCAGCUCACUCCUGCGCCUGUGGCGAUUAGGGAGGCGAGGCAGCCGUGCGCACGGGUGGCUCAGAGCGAUAGCUCUCGGACACAAUACGGCGAAUUGUGCGCGGUAUUUUCCUGCUACGCACCGGUGGGUUGCCAACCAGCAUCCUCGACCGCCGCCUACCAACCCCCCCUCCACCCGCCCUCGCACGCCCGAUCGAAAUCACGCGGGGAGUUUGAGCCACGCAGCACUUGCGAGCCGACACUCUUCACCCGGUGCCCUUGUGCGUGUAGAUGCUGCACGGUUAUGUGAAGAGCUGGAUACGCGUGUCCAGGUAAACUCACCUGGAGGCGCCGUGGUGCUUUCUGCAGGGCGGGCGACAUGACCACUGUGCAGGCUUCGAACUCGUCCAUGGCUUCUCGGCACGCCCUCCUCGUCUCACUGGCGCUGCUUGCUCUGCACUGGCAGCAGAGCCACGGGAUACCGACUCCUCAAUUUCAGAGCCCCAGGGGCACAAACCCAGGGACCGUGGACAGGCACCUUGGUCCCACAACCAUCCAGGCGAACAUCCUCAAAGCGGAGGGCACCACCGCCACCAAAAUUGGGCAGGGAACCACCACUCAAGUUGAUGAGCGCCAGAGUGUUGGCAGUGGUGAUAACAUCACCACUGCCAACACCACCACGACCACUACCACCAACCCCACGACCACCAUUGCUGUUAGCAAGUAUGGUGAUCAUGAUAACGACGAUGAUGACAUCACCACUGGUAAUAAUGGCAAACGGACCUCUGCUACGAGCAGCAGCAGCCUUGGUCCCAGCGAGAAACUCACGGGUGGUGGUGGUGGAGACUUUGGGAUCACCACCACUUCCGUCGGCUUUUCAAACUCCAAAGCCACCUGUGUCGAAGGCACAGGAGGUAUUGGCGGCAGCGGCACCAUGAGCGGACCUCCCGCGGUCCGCGACUCCGAGACUGAGAACCCCAUGCAGGGCCACACCACUCGAGGUCACCGCAAUCAUUCCCGGGAGCACGGGGACCCGGCCGACGUUGUAACCGAGAGCCCGGACCCGAGAGGCGGGGAGGACAGCGGUUCCCGAGCCAACGUAACCACAACACACAAGGACUGCCACGAGUUGGGGCGGCGCUACGGCCUCAUCGUCCUGGUCCUGGCCUCCACCACGGCCCUCUUCGCCAGCAUCUCCAUUCUGCUGGCCGCACGUUGUGCGUGCAGGGACCGGCGGCGUCGCCGCGGAGCCUCCGCAAGCUCCGGCCGUGGCGGUGGUGGUAGCGACGGUGAGAGAGGUCGGCGGCCGCAUGGCAGCCGUGACAACCUCCUGGGUGCCAUCCCUGGCUGGGCGCCGUGGUGGGAGGCCAAGGGGCUGUUGGCGCAUGGCGGAGAGGCGGCGGGGCCUUCACGUCCUGGGAACGGAGCGGCAGGCGGUGGUGGUGCCGCUGUCGGUGGUGGUGCCACGCCGUUGGUGGUGGUGGUGGAGGCCGACGCGGCACGCGAGCCAUCGAUCAGCGCCGAGACCCUGCCCGGGACUCCGCAGAACCGGGGCAGUGCCGCAUCGCCCAUUCUCCGGGAGAUGCGUGGAAAAUGGGACCCGCAGAUGACCGCAGAGAGCUCCCCGGCCUAGCGUUUUUAUGUCACACGUGUGCAUGCACACUCACACACACGCACACGUGCGUGCGAGCUCAUGGGUCGCUAAAAUCAGUACGCACUUUGUGGAAAACCGACGGUUUUUCUACAGCUCCCGAACAAACACGCCGUGUUUGCGUGACAAACCUUAUUAAUUGGCUGUCGGGUGGUGGCGGGUUUAAUAAUCUCUAUUAUGGAUAUUGGUCACGAAAGCCUACGUGUUCAACAGAUAACACUCUAUUGUGUAUGGCUAUAAAAGAAAAACCUAUAUAACAGACGACGUUUGGGGCAAUGGACUUUCUUCAAAGUGCAUAUAAAGGCUAUAUUCGUAGGGAACAACCUCGUGUAAUGCGUGAAGCAAAGAGUCUCAGUGUGUAUAUUGCCUCACUCAAAGCAGAGUCGGAAGGUGCUGUAAUAAUUUCUGCGGGCUAUCCUGAGCAAGUAUUGUACAUUUUACUUAUUUGCCUGUGUGGAAGUUACAAGAGUCCACAAAUGUAUGCAUUUUUUAGGAAUCUUAUCAUUGUUGUACUUCAAAAAAAAGACAAAGGAUGGAAUAAUCAUGAAUUCUAGUGGUGUUUUUAUAUUAACAUUGUCACAUGGUUAGCCACGUGAUUCGCCACGUGGGUGGCCGAUUUAGAUUAAUUAUCUCAUUCUCCCCCCCCCCAUCCUUCCCCACCGAGACAUUGCACUGGGUUGGAGAAUGUACGGAAAA